AUGUCAAACGACCGGCUCGUUACUCUGAAAUACCAAGAUCGUGUUGCGAUCGUCACGCUCAAUCGCCCAGACAGAUUGAACGCCCUAAACGGAGACUUAUACUACCUCCUCGGCCAGCAUCUACGCACGAUAGACCAGCGCGAAGAUAUCUUCAUAACAGUCCUAACAGGCACAGGCCGAUUCUUCUCCUCCGGCGCAGAUAUAACAAGCAUCCGACCUGAAGAAGGACAAAGUGCAGAUGUUCGCCGCGAGCUAGUCCGCGGCUUCAUCUCCAACAAUGUCGACGUAACCCGUACAUUCUACAAUCACUCCAAGAUCCUAGUCGUCGCGCUAAACGGGCCGGCAGUCGGUCUCUCCGCUGCAUUGAUCGCCCAUGCAGACUUCAUCUAUGCAGCCCCGCAUACAUUUAUCCUAACCCCAUUCUCGUCACUUGGACUCGUAGCCGAAGGCGGUGCAAGUCGCGCGUUCGUUGAGCGGCUGGGCAUCGCCAAGGCGAACGAGGCGCUGCUUAUGAGUAAGCGGAUUUCAUGCGACGAGCUCCUCGCUGCUGGGUUCGUGAAUAAGGUUAUUGAGUCUGCGUCUGGAAAGACGGAUGAUUCAGAUGGAUUCUUGAAUAAUGUUUUGGUUGAGGUUGAGGAGCGUCUUGGUACGCAUCUUAAUCAGACUAGUUUGUUAGGUAUCAAGGAGUUGAUUCGGAGGCCUGAGAGAGAGCUUCUGGAUCGACAAAACGGGAUUGAGGCGUUCAUGGGUCUUGAUCGGUUCUUGAAGGGGAUUCCACAGGAGGAGUUUCGGAAGAUAGCCUCUGGGGUGAAGAGGCAUAAGCUUUGA